AUCCUACCAACCAGUCUAGCAGGUCUGAAUCUAGAGCAACACAGAGAGGAGUGCCUUCCAACAACAGGGCAUAAGAGGUUCUACUCGAACACCAGAACCUGAUUUGGGUUCAGAAUGUCUCUUCUCACCAUUUUGGUCCUUUUGGGGACCGGGCUGACAGUGAACAGUGAAUUGCACUCCCUCACUUACAUCUACACGGCCUUCUCCAAACCUGUCACUCUCCCGGGGCUACAUGAGUUCACCGCUAUGGGUUUGCUGGAUAACCGAAUGAUUGAUUACUAUGACAGCGAACACCAAAAGAAGGUUCCCAAACAGCAAUGGAUGGCAGAUCACCUUGAAAAAGAGUACUGGGACAAAGGCACCCAGUCCAGAAAGAGCAAGGAGCAAUGGUUCAAGGUCAACAUCGACAUUUUGAUGAAACGAAUGAGACAGAAUGACACUGAUACCCAUAUUCUUCAGUGGAUGCACGGCUGUGUGGGUGAAACUCAGCCCGACGGCUCUCUGAAGUUUGUCCGUGGGAUGGACAUGUACAAUUAUGAUGGAAAGGACUUUCUGUCCUUCGAUGAUGACAAACAGGUUUGGGUUGCUCCAAUUACAGCAGCAUUGGAAACCAAGAGGAAGUGGGAUGAGGUCCAGGUCCUGAAGGAAUACACCAAGGGCUACUUGGAGAAGGAGUGUAUGGAGUGGAUGAGCAAGUUCAGAGACUAUGGGAAAGAACAGCUUAAAAACGCCACAAAACCCAUUGUGCACAUGUUCACACGAAAGGCCAAAACUGAAUCAAACGUCAUCUUGACCUGUCUGGCCACCGGCUUCUACCCCAAAGACAUCAUUAUGGAAAUCAAAAGAAAUGGACGUGUCCUGAACAAGGAUGACGGGCUGCAGAAAUCUGGGGUUCUUCCAAACCAUGAUGACACCUUUCAGCAAAAACUCCAUGUAGAGAUUUUGAAGUCUGAUUUUUCCACCUACACCUGUGAGGUCAACCAUCCUGGCUCUGAUUUGCAUGAAGAAAAUAAAUGGGAUCACACUCUUCUUGAGGACAAGGGAAACAAUGCCAUUAUUAUUGGUAUUGGUGUCGCAGUUGGGGUCUUGGUUGCGGUCAUCGCUGUGGUACUUUUUGUCCUUAAAAAGACGACAAAAAAACUUGGUGAAUCUGAAACAGUUCAUGUCCCCCUCAUCCCUGGCAGUGAUUCUGACAGCGGGGCCAGUGUUCCAACUCAGGGCUCUGAUCACGCCGAUUCUGGCCAUGAAAGUAAUGGAGAUUCCUCUCCGAGGAGCGACAGCCCCAGCAGCACAGAAAUGGAAGUCCCUGAGGGGUCUCCAGAUCAGAUGGUCUGA